AUGGCUAAUAGUCUUACACGUACUUUCUUAUUUGGUUCACGAGUGGUACAAACAAGCUUUGUACGUACACUCACUUCUCAAGGUUCAAAAGGAAGCGGUACCAAUACUCAAUCAGGUGGUUAUGGUGGUAGUGGUUUAUCAUCUCAACAAUCAGGUGGUCGUGGAGGCAGCGGUUCAUCAUCACAACAAUCAGGUGAUCGUAAAGGCAGCGGUUCAUCAUCACAACAAUCAGGUGAUCGUAGAGGCAGCGGUUCAUCAUCACAACAAUCAGGUAGUACUGAACGCACUAGUCCAACAAGCCAAAAAACAAAUGUUCUUGGAGCCGAUGGUGCUGAUUAA